AUGCUGCUGGCUUGGAUUGGAUUGCUGGGUGUUUCCUAUGUUCAAGGAGCACAGGUCUAUAUGCACUUCAAUGGCCUGGGCUACUCCUACAAUACGGAUGGCGAUAGACUGGAUAGGAGUGUCGUUUCCCCUUCCCUAGAAUCCUUCAAUCCCUCGCAUUUUGUGCAUCAGGCGCUCAGUACUCGGCAAAACCCACUUCCUAGGAUCUCCUAUAAUACACAGGACAACCUGGGAACCUCAUCGUUGAGCAGAGGUUAUUAUACAGCUCUUCCAAAUCAACAUAAGCCCGUGCAGAGCCACCAAAACUUCGAUUUCACCACGGACCAGAUGUCGCAUGCCCAGCACACCGAUGAGUCGGGAAAUGUUUUGGGCAAGUACUCCUACUACGAUGAGGCUGGCUACCACGAGCUGAGCUACAAGGCGGGCGCCGGCAUCGGAUUCGUGGUCAUGGGUGGUAAUUUGGCCAAGGCCACCACCACUCAACCCCACUCGGAACUCGAAAUCGGAAACGGAAUCCAAACAAAUGCCUUGGCGAGCCUGCAAGAGUUGCAUAAAUAUCGUGGCUACACGUAA